ACGUUAACUUCCUGAGUCAUAUGAAAUUGAGGACUAUAAAGAGAAGAAAAUAUUUUUGAAUACACGGACAAAGUAAAAUGAUGAGGAUUUCAAAAGAUCGAAUAGUCAAUUCUACAGCAGACAAUCAAUGGAUUGACGUACAGCAGACUACUGGUAGCAUGGAAAAGACUAUGGACGAUGAAGCAACCAUAACAUGUGGUAAACAUGUGAAGAAGCUUAUUACUAGACAAUUUGGAAAGAAUUGUAAACCAGCAAAAUUCAAACUCAAGCAAUCCGACAAUGACAGAGGACGAUUCAAAAUAAAAUUAAAUGACGGAUCAAAAAACCAUACCCUUAAACUGUCUGUAGACUUUAAAAAUUCUACAGUUGACAUGGAAUACGAUAAUUUCAAAAGACAAAACUCAAUGACAACAUGGAAAAGGCAUAGUGCUUGUGGAAACAAAAAGAAAAAUGAAUCCCGUCCAGUAACAAUAGAGGUUCAAACAGAGAAUCCUGAUGUUCAAAGUCAAGACGAAUGUCAAACAGAAAAUCUGAAUACGCAGAUACAAAACGUAGUCCAAUCACAGAAUAAGGAAGUUCAAACACAAACAGAAGUCCUAUUGCAGAAUCCUGAUAUUCAAACGAAGACUGAACAAUUUACAGAAAUUAAACUUAACGAAGACGUUUCAACUGAAAUUAAUUCAAAUAUUACAGAUAUAACCAAUCAAAAUGAGUUUCAGAUCAGUACCGACAAGGAACAACUUGACACAAAUGCAUGUAUAAAGAUUGGUGAUAAUUCAUUUUGUUAUACAAAGUUAAAAUGCGAAAGGAAGGAAAUUGAGAAACAGUAUGGUUCAACAGUUUUAGUCGGUACUCCCGAAAGAUGGUUCACACUCAAUGCAGCAGUACCAACUUACACAAACUCAGAAUACAAUGUGUCAUCUAGUUUGUUUGUUAACAUUGAAAGAACACCAGAACAUAAUAGCGCUACCUUUUUGCAUCCAGUUGAUAAACUAAAGAAUGAAAAAAUAGUUGAAUUGUGUCAUGGAGCAUUGCACAAAAUAAAUACAUCUUCUGACCAAUUUCAAAACUUAGAUGACGUGUCUACGAACGCAUCCCUCUCAACAAAUAGCUUCAACCACGUGAGUGAUCAAAACAUAUUAGAAUCUGAAAAUAAGAAAACAACUCCUGUUCAAAAUGAAGUGACAGCAAGUAACUAUUUCCAAACUAGUGAAAAGAAUUCAGAAAUAAAAUAUGAACAAGCUCAGGCGAUUCAGGAAGAAGGGUGUCGACGAAAAAAAGUAACAUCUAAAGUUAAAGGUCAAACCAGACACGUUCCGCAAAAACCGUUCUACAUAAUUACCACACAAGACGAAGAAUUUGUAAGACAAUUACUUUUAGAUUUUCCUCUACACGAUUUCGUUAGAAAGGAAACUAACCACUUCUUUAGAAAUGAACAAAAAAUGCACUUCACUCGUCCAUCUGUACCAAUACCUUCAAUGCAUCCUCUUCUGCCAUAUAAACUUCUUUAUCUUGAUGAAGUAGAAACGUCAGAGCAUCAUGUUAUAGAAACGUCGUCAGCACCAACUGAACCAAAAAGUCAGGAUUCGGACCUUCAUCACGAGGAAGAAUACUUCAUUUAAAGAUUUUGGAACUUUGUUAUCAUUAUUUAGUCAUUAGAUAUUUGCAUUUGAAGAUAACUUUUGAAAUAUUCUGUAAAAUAUACUUUUUAUUCGCUUACAAUGCUAUAUCUUUUAAAUAUGACAGAACAAUGUUCUGUUUGUGUUUAUCAAUUGUCUCUAUCAUGUUUACUACAAAUGCCUCCAUAAGCUAUCUGUAUACCUAUUAUAUCUUUCCUACUUUUUUCUGUAUAAUAACACUAAGUGAUAUUUUGUAAAAUAUUGGCUGUAUCAGACCGCUAGUCGAGUUUUCAAAAGGUUCACCUACUGGCAAAAUCCUUUCGCCUGAAACUCACAUAUAUGUUGUUUUUAACAUUAAGAGAACAUAUAACUGUAUUGGCAUUAGACAUACGAUGAAAAACAAUAGCAAAUUCAAAUGCGGUCUUCAAUAAAAUUGAGAAUGGAAAAGGGGAAUGUGUCUAAGAGACAACAACCCGACUGAAGAGCUUUUUUUUAAUGUUCCAGUUCCUAUCAAACACGCCAAAAGCGUACAUUUGGAAUUCCUGGAGCAUCUUAAACUGUUAUGUUCUAACAUCAAAACCUUACCUUACCUUAUGAUAAAAUAAAUUACAGGAGGCUUUGAACUGUUCCGACUAAAAAAUAAUAUGUGAAAAAAAGAAAAAAAAAGUCAUAAAUUUCAACCGGAAGUAUACGACGACUACCAUUUAAUUUAGAGAUUUCCAGUUUUUGUAAAAUUACAUUGGAAAGGAAAAUUGGGUGAUGAGGCCAGUAUUUUAAUCCAUUUAGAUAACAAAACUUUAAACUAUUAAAAAGCAAAAACUUGGUAAACAACAUUUUUGUGAACGUGAAAUAAAGAGAUUAAAGAAAAAAUAACGGAAUCUGAGGGACCAUUAAAAGCAUCUUCGUAAUUUGGUAAUCGUUUAACUCAAUAAUAUAUCAACCUGCAUUAACAAAAUAAAUACAAAGAUGAAUGACAAAUUAAGAAAAAAAAAAAAUACCGAAGUCGAAAAAUACGGAAGGAAUCAUCAAACUCAUAAGUCGAAAACCCAUGGACAGUGCCAUGGCAAAAAAAACCCAACUGUCAACAGUAUACAAAACAAACAAAGUAACUAAAGACUAAGUAAUACGAACUCUACCAAAACCGCGGGUUCCUAGGUGGUCUGGCAGGGUUUGUAGAUCCUGCGCCGCAUGUGGCACCUGUCAUGUUCCUCAUGUAAGUACAAACUCCUUAGUAAGUCUUAUUCGGUAGGUAACACUUAAUCGAGGAAAAGAAUAUGGGAUUGUUGUAACGACAAUUGGAACAUAUCCGUCGUAAUUGGUGUACUAUUCAUUCUUUCAUUUCAUUGUGUUCUGUAUUUCUUUCUUCCAUUCUUUAUGUGUAUAUUCAUUCAUGAGAGAACAUUACUCCAAACUGAUCACAUCCUCAGUUUAACGUUUCAGCCCAGCCGUAACAAAAUAUAAGAAAUGAGGGGGUGAGGAGAAAUGAUGUUUAUAAGAAAUGUAUGAAACCAUCAGAUUUUUGUUUAUUCUUACUAAUACUGAAAUAGCACAUUCCUAUUUGUUGAGCAUUUACCCGGUUUGAAGUAAGAUUUCAUUUUUUUACAUUAUAGAUCUGUAUUAUUGACAUUGUCAUGCAUUACCGUAUAUUCUUGUGCUUGUUUUUUGAGUUUCACAUAUACAAUCUACGAUAAAUUGUAUUUACCAAGAAGACAAAAAUGAGCGAGUGUGAAAAUGUUUUAUUAAUAAAUUUGAUUUAAACUUCA